CCACAGAAGCAAUUUCUCGGGGUUUACUUUGUCUCAUCCCAAGAGUUCCUUGCUAAUGCCUACGUCCUAGCCGUGCUUCUGUUCCUCACCCUCCUACUCCAAAGGACAUUUCUGCAAGCAUCCUACUAUGUCGCCAUUGAAACUGGAAUUAACUUGAGAGGAGCAAUACAGACCAAGAUUUACAACAAAAUUAUGCACCUGUCCACCUCCAACCUGUCCAUGGGGGAAAUGACAGCCGCGCAGAUCUGCAACCUGGUUGCCAUCGACACCAACCAGCUCAUGUGGUUUUUCUUCUUGUGCCCAAACCUCUGGGCUAUGCCAGGGCAGAUCAUCGUGGGUGUGAUUCUCCUCUACUACAUCCUCGGUGUCAGUGCCUUAAUCGGGGCAGCUGUCAUCAUCCUCCUGGCCCCUGUGCAGUACUUUGUGGCCACCAAGCUCUCCCAGGCCCAGCGGAGCACACUGGAGUAUUCCAACGAGAGGCUGAAGCAGACCAACGAGAUGCUCCGUGGCAUCAAGCUGCUCAAGCUGUACGCCUGGGAGAACAUCUUCUGCACCCGCGUGGAGAGGACCCGCAGGAAGGAGAUGACCAGCCUCAGGGCCUUCGCUGUGUACACCUCCAUUUCCAUUUUCAUGAACACGGCCAUCCCCAUCGCAGCUGUCCUCAUCACCUUCGUGGGCCACGUCAGCUUCUUCAAAGGGGCCGACUUCUCACCCUCGGUGGCCUUUGCCUCCCUCUCGCUGUUCCACAUCCUGGUCACACCACUGUUCCUGCUGUCCAGCGUGGUCCGGUCCACAGUCAAAGCUCUCGUCAGUGUACAAAAGCUGAGCGAGUUCCUUUCCAGUGCCGAGAUCCGCGAGGAGCAGUGUGCUCCCCGCGAGCCUGCGCCCCAGGGCCAAGCCAGCAAGUACCAGACAGUGCCCCUUAAGGUUGUGAACCGCAAGCAUCCAGCCCGGGAGGACUGUCGGGGCUUCACGGCCCCCCUGCAGAGGCUGGCCCCCAGUGCAGAUGGGGAUGCUGACAACUGGUGUGUCCAGAUCAUUGGAGGCUUCUUCACGUGGACCCCUGAUGGAAUCCCCACACUGUCCAACAUCACCAUCCGCAUCCCCCGAGGCCAGCUGACCAUGAUCGUGGGGCAGGUGGGCUGUGGCAAGUCCUCGCUCCUCCUAGCCACCCUGGGGGAGAUGCAGAAGAUCUCAGGGGCCGUCUUCUGGAACAGGUACUAA